AGAAGAGGACACAUCAUGGACUCAGCCCGGGGACCGGUUAAACAGCUGUGCCUGUAAAUGUUGGAGCUGAAGCCCCGCCCCUUUCGCGCGUUUCGCCUUUGAUCUUCAACUUUUUCUUUUCUUUUAAAAGCAGCGCGCACGCUCCGCGGACUCGUCAGUUCAUCGGGGGUCGUGGAUCGGGAGGUCAGGUCCAGCAUCCAGGUGUGGAGCAAAGUGCAAGGUCCCGUCGGAACCAGGGACAUGAGCUGUGAAAAGUUUUAGCUGCUGAUCGCUUCUUUUUUUAGCUCCUUUUUUACGCUGAUUUUUUUAAUUAAUUAAGUUUUGCUCCAAAGAUGUCGUGCCUUUUAUUAGGAGUUAUAAGAAGGCAGGGAUGUGUCGGGACGAGCGUCGGGGUUCGAACCCUCGCCUCCGUCCCCUCGCUUCCGCCGGCGGUGGCCGACUUCGUGAAGGGCGCGGUGGACGAGUGCAAACCCGCCAACGUCCACGUGGUGACGGGGACGCCGGAGGAAACCGCCAACAUCCUGGCCGGCCUGGAGAGGGACGGGAUGAUCAAGAAGCUUCCCAAAUAUGAGAACUGUUGGUUGGCGCGAACGGACCCGAAGGACGUUGCCCGAGUGGAGAGCAAAACUGUGAUCGUGACCAAGAACCAGAGAGACACGAUCCCCAUCCCUGCUGACGGGGUGAAGAGCCAGCUGGGUAACUGGAUGAGCGAGUCCGACUGGCUGAAAGCCAGACAGGAUCGCUUCCCCGGCUGCAUGGCAGGUCGGACCAUGUAUGUGAUUCCCUUCAGCAUGGGUCCCGUUGGCUCCACGCUGAGUAAAUAUGGCGUCCAGGUGACGGACUCGCCGUACGUCGUGGCCAGUAUGGGGAUCAUGACACGCAUGGGCGCUCCUGUUCUGAAGAAACUGUCUGAAGGAGUGGAGUUCGUUCGCUGUCAGCACUCUGUGGGCCGACCUUUUCCUCUCAAAGCUCCUCUGGUCAACUCUUGGCCCUGUAACCCCGACAAGGUACUGAUAUCCCACCUGCCGGACACCAGGCAGAUUCUGUCCUUCGGCAGCGGUUACGGAGGAAACUCUCUCCUCGGGAAGAAAUGCUUCGCCCUUCGGAUCGCCUCACGAAUCGCCAAGGAUGAAGGCUGGCUGGCUGAGCACAUGCUGAUCCUGGGAAUCACCAACCCUCAGGGGGUGAAGCGUUACGUAGGGGCGGCCUUCCCCAGCGCCUGCGGUAAAACCAACCUGGCCAUGAUGAAACCGUCCCUGCCUGGCUGGAAGGUGGAGUGCGUGGGCGACGACAUCGCGUGGAUGAAGUUUGACAGUCAAGGUAAACUCAGGGCCAUCAACCCAGAGAACGGCUUCUUCGGCGUCGCUCCGGGCACCUCGGACAAAACCAACCCUUACGCCAUGGCCACCAUUUCCAGAAACACGGUGUUCACCAACGUCGGUGAGACGAGUGACGGCGGCGUGUGGUGGGAGGGGCUUGACCCCCCUGGAUCUGGAGUGUCGCUCACAGACUGGCACGGCAAAACCUGGAAGCCAGGAAGUUCGACACCCUGCGCGCACCCCAACUCCCGUUUCUGCGCCCCAGCGGCUCAGUGUCCCAUCAUUGACCCCCAAUGGGAGAGCGAGGAGGGGGUUCCCAUCGACGCCAUCAUCUUCGGAGGCAGGAGGCCUGAAGGAGUCCCUCUGGUCUACGAGUCUUUCGACUGGCAGCACGGCGUAUUUGUUGGAGCCGCAAUGAGGUCCGAGGCCACGGCAGCUGCUGAGCAUAAAGGUAAAGUAAUCAUGCACGACCCCUUUGCCAUGCGGCCGUUCUUCGGCUACAACUUCGGCGACUACCUCAGUCACUGGCUGAGCAUGAAGAGCCGAAAGGCCCCCACCCAGCUGCCCAAGAUCUUCCACGUCAACUGGUUCAGGAAGGACCCGUCCAGCGGCGCCUUCCUCUGGCCCGGCUUCGGCGAAAACUCCCGCGUUCUGGAGUGGGUCUUCAAGCGCUGCGGCCGAGAGCGGGAGGACGAGGCGGCCAAGAAGAGCAUCAUCGGCUGGGUGCCGGAAGACGGCGCCAUCGACACUAAAGGCCUGAGUAACGUCAACAUGGGGGCCCUGUUCGACGUGCCGAAGCCGUUCUGGCAGAACGAGGCCAAGGAGCUGAGAGCCUACUUCACUCAGCAGGUCGGCGCCGACCUGCCGGCUCAGGUGGAGGCCGAGCUGAAGGCGCUGGAGGACAGAGUGCACAGUUAAAACACCAGGAGGUGGGGAGGAGGCGGGAUUCAGAGCAUUAGGGUAAAAUAAGACUGGAUUUAUAAACUGAGAAGUCUGGACAAUAUAAGCUAAAGAAUACAUUUUAAACUAAAACCUAAAAAGCAGGUUGAGAUUGUUGACUAAUUGGACCCAGAGCACUUCAUGUUAUCAGAAAACAGUUAAAGAUCAGCAAACAGAAUACUGUUUUUAUUCAGUUAUUCAGGGUCAGAUUUAAACUUUCUGAGUAGAAAACACAAUCUGUGAACCGGCUACUUUCUAAAUGAAGGAACAUCUGUUGGUUCUGGAGCAGCUGGUGGAGUCUGUGGUCAGAGCGAGGUUCAACUCUCAGCAUGAAGGUUAGGUUUCUGACAGAAUAGCUAAAUUCACUACGUCCAUCUUGACACGGUCAAUGUUCUGCCGGAGUGCCUUUUUAAUGAUCCGGUGUUCAGGUGUCUAAACAAUCUGGUGUCAGAAUAACCUGGUGUCCAAAUGAUUCAGUGACUGGAUGAUUCAGUGUCUGAAUGAUUCGGUGUCUGGAUGAUUCAGUGACUGGAUGAUUCAA